GCCCGUAGGUUGGCCAAUACGAGCACCCUCAAUAGGUUGGCGUCAAGACUUAAGGCCAAUCCGGCGGCCGAUCUGGCCCAGGUCUUGAAGCAACAGGCGGACGCGUAUCCGCAGCUUCGCCGCCGCCUUGAGCAAGCCGCGCUGGAGAAAGCAACAGCACAAGACAGCAAUAGCGACAGCGAUGGCGACGGUGGCCGCAACAGCGGGCCGGAACAUGGCGCUAGGAAAGCCAGCCCCCCGAAUGCAGAGCUGCCCCUGGCCGCGCAGAUCAAUCAGGCGAUUGGGAACGCGGAAGUGCUAUGGAGGCUGCACGGGACUAUAGUGUUAGGACUUAGCGUAUCCGUGGUUGUCAAGAUUGGGACAUCGCUCGAUCUCGACGAGGUGGCAAACUUGCGCUACAUCCACGCACACGUUCCGGAGGUCCCAGCGCCGUCGUUCUUGGGCUGUUUGAAAGCCGGGCGGAGAACCUAUCACUUUAUGUCACGAGCGGCUGGUAUUACUGGACUCGAAUCUGUGUGGUCAGACCUCUCCGCCGAACAUAAGACUUCGAUCAAGACGCAGCUCAACAACAUAUUUUGUGCAUUGCGCAAGGAACAUCACGGCGGCUCCAAGUUUUGUGGCUUCGUAUCCGCUAUCCGCAAGGACACGAGGAGGCAACAACGGGUGAGCGAGCCUACGAUUUGUACCGAGGCACAGUUCAACGACUUCUUGUGCUGCAAGGCUGGGAGGACCCCC